GUCUCGUCUCUAUUUUAGUUUUUGAGUGUUGAAGAACCAGACUCGAUUACCCCUGUUUCUGUUCAUCCCUCUUUUAUUAUCACAUCAAAAACGCUCCGCCUGCUCCUCCUCACCAUCCCUAAUCUCAAUUUCAAGUUGUUAUGGAUUUUGAUGUUGAUGAUGAUGUCAAUAGCGAGGUAUUGUUAAAUUCUGCAGACAUUGAAGGCACAAAAGUAGAUGAAGAUGGUAUGGUAGGAUGCUCCAUUGAAGGCGUAUUUGAAAACAAUCAUGAUAUAAAACUUGAUCAAGAAGAGUCAGGAAGAGGUUUGGCUCCAUUUGAUGGACCCCACACGGUCAAUAACUCAAUUCUUAUAGAAGAACCAUAUGUUGGAAAGGAGUUUGACUCAGAAGCAGCAGCACAUGCAUUUUACAAUGCGUAUGCUACUAGGGUCGGGUUUGUUAUCCGUGUCAGUAAGCUUUCUAGAUCAAGACGUGAUGGAACUGCUAUUGGAAGAGCUCUAGUAUGCAAUAAAGAAGGUUUUAGAACACCCGACAAGCGGGAAAAGGUAGUCAGGCAAAGGGCAGAAACACGGGUUGGCUGUAGAGCAAUGGUGUUAGUUAGGAAAAUAAGCUCGGGCAAGUGGGUGAUUACAAAAUUUGUCAGGGAGCACACUCAUCCAUUAACACCUGGAAAAGGUCGUAGGGACUUGAUCUAUGACCAAUACCCGAAUGAGCAUGAUAAGAUUCGGGAACUAUCACAGCAACUGGCAAUAGAGAAAAGAAGAUCAGCAACCUACAAAAGGCAUCUUGAAAUGGUUUUUGAGCACAUUGAAGAACACAAUCAGUCUUUGUCAAAAAAGAUUCAAAACGUUGUAAACAACUUGAGUGAGAUGGAAUCUAAAGAGAUUGAAACUCGUAGAUAGCAAGUUUGACCAACUGUUUUACCAAAUAAGUCAAGUUUAUUACAAGCGUGUUUGGGAUUGCUUAUCUAUAAUAACUUUGAACUUCUAAAUGUGAUAACUGAAUAUUGGCCCAUUAUGCUUUGAUAAACGAUUUAGACUUCAGCCGUGA